AUGCUAUUAACGUAUUAUCAAGAAGGUUACUUUACUGGUGUGUUAACGCUUUACAAGGAGUCCAAGUUCUUGGGUUACUUUCGUAAGGAUCUUUAUAUUCACAAUAUUGUGGCUCGAAUCUUGGUGAAUAAUGAAAGAAUCGAGCAGGCACAAGAGGUUUUGCUUGACAUUCAGCAAUUGGGUCUAACACCGAACGUUGAUACUUAUAGGAUUAUGAUUCAUUUUGCGGAAGUACAAAAUAAUUCAAAUAAUGCGAUGCUAGGCUCAAAAAUGGUUAUUGACUUGAUGCAAAAAAGUAACAUGAUACUUAAUAUUAGUCACUAUAACACUCUCAUGAAGGCUUAUGGAAGCAGACGUGAUGAAGAUGUACAAACAGAAUUGAAUACUAUCGAUUCAAACAAUGAUCCGUUUAAUAAAGAUGAUAAGGACAGCUUAUCAAACCACCCUGGAAUCAAGAAUACCUUCGCGAAAGCCGGAAAUUUCGAGAUGGCCAAGAAAAUCUAUACGGCAAUGAGCGAGCUCACGAUUCAACAAACACUCGAGAUAUUUCACAUUAAUCUGAGAAAUGUAAUCAAGACACAAUAUAUAGAGAAUGCGGCAAGUGUGUUUUGGGAUCAGGUGAACGCAAAUAUUUUCAAGUCAAGGUCAACAAAAUACGUGAUACCAGAUUAUUAUACUUGGAAUAUGAUGAUAGAAUACGCGUUGAAACACGAAAAUGUUGGUGUAGCGACAGAAAUACAGUAUAUGAUGGAAUGUGGGAACGGGGGAUGA